AUGAAUAAUAAAGUACUUGCUCUCUUUCUAACUGAAACGAUACCAAAUAGCAGUGACGACAGCGAUACUAGCAACUGGAGUGAUAUAAGUAGUAUAAAAUCAGAAUAUUCGGAGGACGAUGAUGAUGAUGAAGAUAGACUAUUUUUUCCUUUAAUGCAAUAUCUAACCAGAUUAAAAAGAAUACGUAUAGAUGAUUAUUUACAUAUCGUAGAAUCAUGGACUGAUGCAGAAUUUAAAAACCGCUUAAGAUUAGAACGAAAGACGGCUUACCGUCUUAUUGAUGAUUUGGAAAAAUCUGGCUUUAUUGCAUCAAAUAAAUUUGGAUUAAAACCUUUAGAACCGAAGCUUUGCUUUUACAUAUUUCUCUCUUUCAUAUCAAAUAUUGAACCCCUUACACCAAUAGCAUCAAGGUUUGAUAUCUCCAUUUCUUCAACUUUUCGGGUUAUUAGAAGAGUGAUUGCAUGGAUUUUAACAAAAUUAAACCAAGCUAUAAGAUGGCCACAAAACUAUAAUGAUGUAAGGGUAAUUUCUGAUAACUUUCAAACUAAAACUGGCAUAUCUAACAUGCUAGGAGUAAUUGAUUGUACCCAUAUAAAAAUUGAAAAACCAAAAAAUGCUAGAGAAUAUUGUAAUCCAAAAGGAUAUUUUUCAAUUAUCCUACAAGCAACAAUAGAUGCUCAUUUGAGAUUUACAAGUAUAUAUUGUGGAGAACCAGGUUCAUGUCAUUGUGCAAGAGUGCUGAAGAAGUCACCACUAUAUAACACGGCUACCCAAGACUGCAAUACGCUAUUUCCAAAUAACACUUUUCUAAUUGGGCAUUCUGGAUAUCCAACAUUACCCUGGUUAGUUCCACCUUUUAGGGAAAAUAAAACAUUGACACUAGAACAAAGAGAAUUUAACUCACUUCAUGCCUCUGCUAGGAAAUUGAGUGAUAAAGCUUUUGAUUUGUUAAAAAAUAGAUUCAGAAGAGUUAAAUUGUUAACUGUGUAUAGAAAUAUUGCUUUCAUAACUGAUACAAUAGUAGCGGCUUGCAUAUUACAUAAUUAUUGUCUUAAUGAAAAUGACCAUUUUGAAGAAAAUGAA